UGUCAGCUGGGGCCCCCUGCGGCCGGCUGUGUCCCUCGCCGCUAGGACCUGCCAGUCUGCGCGCCAUGGCAGCGGCGGCAGCAUCCCCGCCAGCAUCCCCGCCAGCCAGCGGCGGCGGCGGUGGCGUCCACGGCCGCCGCUGAUGCUAUUGUUCCCUAGUGUUAGUUGCUCUUUGGCUGCUUUUCAUCUGGAGCGAACAAUAGAAGCAGGGAGAGCUUUGCUUUCUCUACUGGUGGAGAAGGAAAGACCGUCCCCUGCGAGAGUGGUGCGGCUCCGGAGGCUGGAGCGGCUGCGGACAGCAUGGGGUUGCGAGCCGGGCGCCUGGCGUCCCCGAGCCGGGGCGUCCUGCAGCUGCUGCGGUUGCCACUGCUCUUGCUACUCCUGCUGAGCUCUGGCGCCCGCGGGGCUGCGGCGCAGGGAGACACCGAGGUGCCCACCCUCUAUCUGUGGAAGACCGGUCCCUGGGGACGAUGCAUGGGAGAUGACUGUGGACCGGGCGGCAUCCAGACUCGGGCUGUGUGGUGUGCUCACGUGGAAGGCUGGACUACGUUACAUACAAACUGCAAGCAGGCUGUGAGACCCAGUAACCAGCAAAACUGUUUCAAGGUCUGUGACUGGCACAAGGAAUUGUACGACUGGAGGCUGGGAACCUGGGAUCGGUGUCAGCCUGUGAUUUCGAAAAGCCUCGAGAAAUCGCGAGAAUGCGUGAAGGGUGAGGAAGGCAUCCAGGUGAGAGAGAUAAUGUGCAUCCAAAAGGACAAGGACAUUCCCGCCGAGGACAUCAUCUGCGAGUACUUUGAACCCAAGCCCCUUCUGGAACAGGCCUGCCUCAUCCCUUGCCAGAAAGACUGCAUCGUGUCUGAGUUCUCACCCUGGUCUGAGUGUUCCAGGACCUGUGGCAGUGGCCUGCAGCACCGCACGAGGCACGUGGUUGCACCGCCACAGUAUGGAGGCUCUGGCUGUCCCAACCUCACCGAGUUUCAGGUGUGCCAGUCCAACCCCUGCGAGGAGGAUGAGAGCUUGUACAGCUUGCAGGUGGGGCCCUGGAGCGCAUGCUCAGUCCCACACACAAGGCAAGCCAGGCAAGCCAGGCGUCGUGGCAAGAACAAGGAGAGGGAGAAGGAGAGAGGAAAAGCCGUGAAGGACCCAGAGGCCCGUGAGCUCAUCAAGAAGAAGAGAAACAGAAACAGACAGAACAGACAGGAGAACAGAUACUGGGACAUCCAGAUUGGCUAUCAGACCCGGGACGUGACGUGCUUAAACAGGACUGGGAAAUCUGCGGACCUCAGCUUUUGCCAGCAAGAGAGGCUGCCCAUGACCUUCCAGUCCUGCGUGAUCACCAAAGAGUGCCAGGUGUCUGAGUGGUUGGAAUGGAGCCCAUGUUCAAAAACAUGCCACGAUGUCACAUCCCCUACAGGCACUCGAGUAAGGACAAGGACUAUCACACAGUUUCCGAUUGGAAGUGAGAAGGAAUGUCCAGCUCUUGAGGAGAAGGAGCCCUGUGUGUCUCAGGGAGAUGGAGCUGUCCUCUGUGCUACAUAUGGCUGGAGAACUACAGAGUGGACAGAGUGCCACGUGGACCCUUUGCUUAGUCAGCAGGACAAGAGGCGUGCCAAUCAGACAGCCCUCUGUGGAGGAGGUGUCCAGACCCGGGAAAUAUAUUGCAUACAAACCAACGACAACAUGCUCUCCCAUGGAAAUACACAGAAGGACAAAGAAGCUUCAAAACCAGUGGACUCAAAAUUAUGCACUGGCCCUGUUCCUAACACCACACAGCUGUGCCACGUUCCUUGUCCAAUUGAAUGUGAGGUUUCGCCUUGGUCAGCCUGGGGACCAUGUACUUAUGAAAACUGUAAUGACCAGCAAGGCAAAAAAGGAUUCAAAUUAAGGAAGCGACGCAUUACUAAUGAGCCUACUGGAGGUUCUGGGGCAACUGGAAACUGCCCUCACUUAUUGGAAGCCAUUCCCUGUGAAGAGCCAUCCUGCUAUGACUGGAAAUCAGUGAGACUCGGAGACUGUGAACCAGAUAAUGGAAAAUCCUGUGGGCCUGGCACUCAAGUUCAAGAGGUUGUAUGCAUCAACAGUGAUGGAGAAGAAGUGGACAGACAGCUCUGCAGAGACGCAAUCUUUCCUAUCCCUGUGGCCUGUGAUGCUCCAUGCCCGAAGGACUGUGUGCUCAGUGCGUGGUCCUCGUGGUCCUCCUGUUCGCAUACCUGCUCUGGGAAAACCACAGAAGGGAAACAGACCCGAGCCCGGUCAAUUUUGGCCUAUGCAGGUGAAGAAGGUGGAAUUCGCUGCCCUAACAUCAGUGCUUUGCAAGAGGUGCGCAGCUGCAAUGAGCAUCCUUGCACUGUGUACCACUGGCAAACUGGUCCCUGGGGUCAGUGUAUAGAGGACACAUCGGUGUCAUCCUUCAAUACGACCACAACAUGGAAUGGGGAGGCCUCAUGUUCUGUGGGCAUGCAGACACGAAAAGUCAUCUGUGUGCGAGUCAACGUGGGCCAAGUGGGACCUAAGAAGUGUCCUGAAAGCCUUCGGCCUGAAACAGUGAGACCCUGCUUGCUUCCUUGUCGGAAGGACUGUGUCGUGACCCCAUACAGUGACUGGACUCCAUGCCCCUCUUCAUGCAGAGAAGGAGACUCUGGAGCCAGGAAGCAGUCUCGACAGCGAGUCAUCAUUCAGCUGCCAGCCAAUGGCGGCAAGGAAUGCUCAGACCCACUAUAUGAAGAGAAGGCCUGUGAAGCCCCUCCCACAUGUCACAGCUACAGGUGGAAGACACACAAAUGGCGCAGGUGCCAGUUAGUUCCUUGGAGCAUUCAACAGGAUGUUCCUGGAGCACAGGAAGGCUGCGGACCUGGGCGGCAGGCAAGAGCCAUUACUUGUCGAAAGCAAGAUGGAGGGCAGGCUAGCAUCCAGGAGUGCCUCCAGUAUGCAGGCCCUGUGCCAGCCCUGACCCAGGCUUGCCAGAUCCCCUGCCAAGAUGACUGUCAAUUUACCAGCUGGUCCAAGUUUUCUUCAUGCAACGGAGACUGCGGUGCAGUUAGGACCAGAAAGCGUGCUAUUGUUGGGAAAAGUAAAAAGAAGGAAAAAUGUAAAAACUCUCAUUUGUACCCUCUGAUCGAGACCCAGUAUUGUCCCUGUGACAAAUAUAACGCACAGCCUGUGGGGAACUGGUCAGACUGUAUUUUACCGGAAGGGAAGGCGGAGGUGCUGCUGGGAAUGAAGGUACAAGGCGACAGCAAGGAAUGCGGGCAAGGAUACCGUUACCAAGCGAUGGCGUGCUAUGAUCAAAAUGGCAGACUUGUGGAAACAUCGCGAUGCAACAGCCAUGGUUACAUAGAAGAAGCCUGCAUCAUCCCCUGCCCCUCAGACUGCAAGCUCAGUGAGUGGUCCAACUGGUCCCGCUGCAGCAAGUCCUGUGGCAGCGGCGUGAAGGUCCGGUCCAAGUGGCUGCGCGAAAAGCCUUAUAACGGAGGAAGGCCUUGCCCCAAACUGGACCAUGUCAACCAGGCACAGGUGUACGAGGUCGUCCCAUGCCACAGUGACUGUAACCAGUACAUAUGGGUCACAGAGCCAUGGAGUGUCUGCAAGGUGACCUUUGUGGACAUGCGAGACAACUGCGGAGAAGGUGUGCAGACCCGAAAAGUGAGAUGCAUGCAGAAUACAGCAGAUGGCCCUUCUGAACAUGUGGAGGAUUACCUGUGUGACCCAGAAGAUAUGCCCCUGGGCUCUAGAGAGUGUAAACUCCCAUGCCCUGAGGACUGUGUCAUAUCUGAGUGGGGACCAUGGACCCAGUGUGCUUUGCCUUGCAAUCCAAGUGGUUCGAGGCAAAGGUCAGCCGAUCCCAUCAGACAGCCUGCUGAUGAAGGAAGAGCCUGCCCUGAUGCUGUGGAGAAAGAGCCCUGUAGCCUGAACAAAAAUUGUUACCACUAUGACUAUAAUGUCACAGACUGGAGUACGUGUCAGCUGAGCGAGAAGGCAGUUUGUGGGAAUGGCAUUAAAACAAGGAUGUUGGACUGUGUUCGAAGUGAUGGCAAGUCCGUUGACCUAAAGUACUGUGAAGAGCUUGGGCUGGAAAAGAAUUGGCCAAUGAACACAUCCUGCACAGUGGAAUGCCCUGUGAACUGCCAGCUUUCUGACUGGUCUUCUUGGUCACAAUGUUCUCAAACAUGUGGACUCACAGGAAAAAUGAUACGAAAACGAACUGUAACCCAGCCCUUUCAAGGUGAUGGGAGGCCCUGCCCUUCUCUGAUGGAACAGUCCAAGCCUUGCCCAGUGAAGCCAUGUUAUCGGUGGCAAUAUGGCCAGUGGUCUCCAUGCCAAGUUCAGGAGGCCCAGUGUGGAGAAGGAACCAGGACACGGAAUAUUUCUUGUGUUGUGAGUGAUGGCUCAGCUGAGGAUUUCAGCAAAGUGGUGGACGAAGAGUUCUGUGCUAACACAGAGCUCAUCAUAGAUGGUAAUAAACAAAUAGUUUUGGAGGAAACCUGCACCCAGCCCUGCCCAGGUGACUGUUAUUUGAAUGACUGGUCUUCAUGGAGUCUGUGUCAGCUGACCUGUGUAAAUGGUGAGGAUCUUGGCUUUGGUGGAAUACAAGUCCGGUCCAGAGCAGUGAUUAUACAAGAACUGGAGAAUCAACACCUAUGUCCAGAGCAGAUGUUAGAAACAAAAUCAUGUGAUGACGGACAAUGCUAUGAGUACAAGUGGGUGGCAAGUGCUUGGAAGGGCUCCUCUCGGACAGUCUGGUGUCAAAGAUCAGAUGGCAUAAACGUAACAGGGGGCUGCUUGGUGGUGAGCCAGCCUGAUACUGACAGGUCUUGUAACCCACCCUGUAGUCAACCGCACUCAUAUUGUAGUGAGAUGAAGACCUGCCGCUGUGAAGAAGGGUACACUGAAGUCAUGUCCUCUAACAGCACCCUUGAGCAAUGCACACUUAUUCCCGUGGUGGUGAUUCCCACUGUGGAGGAUAAAAGAGGAGAUGUGAAAACCAGCCGGGCAGUUCACCCAACCCAGCCCUCCAUUAACCCAGCAGGACGGGGCAGGACAUGGUUUCUACAGCCAUUUGGGCCAGAUGGAAGAUUAAAGACCUGGGUUUAUGGUGUCGCAGCCGGGGCAUUUGUGCUGUUAGUCUUCAUUGUCUCCAUGAUUUAUCUAGCGUGCAAAAAGCCAAAGAAACCCCAAAGACGGCAGAACAACCGCCUCAAACCUUUAACCUUAGCAUACGAUGGAGACGCUGAUAUGUAACAUUGACUUUUCCUGGACACAACCAGACUUGGCCUUUUCCCUUUAUAGUAGACAUCCAGAGGCCAGAGUGCCAGUAUUCAAAUGUGUGAGUUAUAAUUAACUUUAACUGUUAUGAACACCAUCAUUAAGAAAAAGGAGAAAAUCCUACUCCCUCUAGGAAUAUUCAAGACAAUAGCACUGAAACGUAGAGUCAGCUCUGAGAAUUCUAAGAGAUGCAGUGAAGUGCAUGCUGUGUCCUGAGAGUUUUGUGGCAUCUUUUCUGAAAUCUACCCAAUUUUUUCAAAAAGAAAAAACAAAAACCCACUUUGAUCUCUAAAACAUAGUGAGGAGAUUGGCCAACUGGGAAGCCAGAUGCAAGACUGCUUGCAGCACUAACCCACCGAACUUUUUAGCAUGAAGAGUUCAUACUGAAGGCUUUACAAUUCUACACUUAACCAUGCCAACGUGUAUACUCGAUCAAAUGACUUACAUGAUGUCACCUUAUAUACUUGUUAAUAAGCAACUUUUAACAGUGAAGAAGAUGUAAGGCCUAUGCCAAGUGGAAAAUCCAUUGAACAACUUAGCGUCUUCAUGGUUGAUGGUAGCAUUGAUUGGCCUGCAUUUUAGAGACAAACUCUUUUAUAAGACUUUACCCUUGUCUCUCUCUAAUGUGUGAAUGCUGGACAUGUACUAGCCUUAGAAGAAGGGGUCCUCAAGUUCGGUAUUUUAUAGUGGUUAUUGUCUGGGAAACAAAUAUGCUAGUGUUAAUACCUUUCUACUUUCCCUAAUUUCACACUGGUUGCCUACAUCUUUUUUGCUAUAUGGAAGGCACAUUUUGCACUAUAUUAGUGCAGCAAGAUAGGCACUUAACCAGUGUUGCCAUAGAAACUGCCUCUUUUCAUAUGGGAUGAUGAAGACAUCUGUGCCAAGAGUGCUGUGGAGACAUUUGCAAGCUUUUGUCCACUGAAGAGAAUUAGUUCAGUCUUGAUGGUAACAGGAUCAAAUCUACUAUUACACCUGCUGUCUACACUCUUCCUUCUUGCUAUAGUCAUCAUGAAAUUGACGAUAUGGCAAUAAUUCAAGUGUUGAAGUCCCUAAACCCAACCCAAACCUCCAAAAUGUAGAACCCCUUGGUUGGGUUGCAGUUGCUCUUGGAAGGCUGUUUAUGACAAGAUUUAUAUAUUUGUUAUCUUUGUUUUUAAAAAAAGAAGAAGAAGAAGAAAAGCAAAGAAAAAAGGACUGGUUGUCUUCAUAAUUUUGAGUAGAUAGAGAAAAUAGUGUAUCAAUGAUUUUUCUAACAAAAAGAAAUCAAAAUUAUUUGUUAGCUUUCCUGUCUUCCUGAUUUGUUUUUCAGUCUUACAGGCUGUAUUUCAUAGUCAUGGUCUUUUGCCCUUUUCAUGGUUGAAAUCUGAAUUAGCGUGAUUUAUUAAGAUAUAAAAUUUAAGAAGAGAAGGAUAAAUAAUCUUGUCCAGGGCUUGCUUAAACAUCUAGAGCAAGGGGCAUAAGCCUUUAAAGCAAAAGAGCAAACAGGAAAUGUUUUCAGUCAGGUCUUUAGUUCAGCUCAGAACACUGGCACUGUGUGGUGCUUCCGGAGAAGUCAGCUGGGUGACACCAUUUUCUGACAGAACUUUCCUCCCACGAGAAGCCAGCCAGCCACAUUUGCGUGUCUCAGUUUCCUGAGCUGCCUUCUAUGGCUUUAUGCCUUAUGUGGCUUUAGAGCUAGCCCUACAUUAUAUUAUCAUUAGCUUCCAGUCAAUUACUCUCUGUCUAUCAAGUGUGCUUAAUUUCACAGGUGUCAAUUCAUAGUCAUUAACUUAUGAUUGUUGGGAAAUCAACUCUGUGUUCACUGGUGAAACACAGGAAAUGCCACCACGGAAUAUAGCUCACCUCUUUCUUGUGAAAAAGAAAGCUAACCUGUGUCAUGAAAAAGCACUCACAUACUUCUGUCACUAACAGAAAUGCUACAGUUAGCCUCUGAUAGAAUGGGGACCCUUUUGCUUUUCAGUUUUUUAAACACGGUAAACACAUGACUUUUAUUUAUUUCAUUUUAUUGUUUUAUUUUUUAUCUGAAACAUGUCUGUAUGGCUGGAACUGUGGUUUUGUUGAUGAGGUGUUUUGCCUUUACCAGCUGUGUUUGAGCUCCCUCUGCUGUCCAUUAGAACAGCUUUUUCUGCCCAGAUUAGAAACGAAUUCUGAAUAAGAGGAUGUUGUCAUCUCCCAACUGAAAAAUCUUUAUAUAUAAUUCAAUAUGAACACAAUGUGGUGAAUGCUUCUUACUCAUGCCAGAUAUAAUGCACUAAAUGAUUACGUCAUUUCAAAGAGAGUGGAUAGCCAAGAAUUUAACUAAGGGAAAGCAUUAAAGAGGAAGGAAAAAUAAUAUUGAUAUUCUGAAACUGUAAUAGUACACACACACACACACACACACACACACACACACAAUCACUCUUCCAAAUAAUCUUUGAGUUGAGCUCUUUGAAUAAAAUAAGCUCAGUCUGUCCAAAAUAGUUAAAUCACAAUCUCUGUGGGUAGCUGAAAAAUUUUAACAAUCUGAUGAAGUGUGGGCAAAACUUAGCAAUCUUGAGAUAGGAAAUAAAAUAGGAUAUUUUUUCUUACCCCAAACUACACUUAAGGUAUUUGAUAAAAUGUGAUUAAUUAUAAAAAAAAUUAAUGUUCUCCUACUUAGGAUAUGGUAACCAAAUCAAUUAAAAAUCAAAAAUUAAAAAAUGUUGUGAAGGUGGAAAAUGUUUAUGAAAAACUAAUUAUAUUUAAAUACUAUAUUCAUGUUGGAUAAACACUUUUGAUAUUCAUCAUUAGGAUAAAUUAAUACUGUGUGGCCUAUUGUUAGAAAGGUGGGGAAAAGAAUGUAUUCAUUUGGAUAAUUAGGACAAAUGGGAGGUUAUUGUUUUCACGUACAGAUUCCUUUAUUGAUUUCCCCAGAACUUUAUUCUCAGAAGGGAAAUGCUGGAAACCUGUUUGAUGUCCCUUUUCCUUUCCAAAUCUGUGUGUGAGCAGGAAGAAAAGAAGGAGGCAGGGAGUGAGGGAAAGGAGAGAGACAAGGAACAAAUGGAUGAAGGAAGGAAGAAAGGAAGGAAGAAAGAAAGGAAGGAAGGAAGAUGUCCUACUUGAUUUGAAAAAGAAUGAAUGAAAGCAGACGUUUAUAGAAUUUUGUUGGAUUGUCCCAGGAAAAGUAGCAUGGCUGAUCUCCCUGGAAAGCAACCGAUUUGCCUGUACAUCAGUGUCCAUCCAAUAUGCUGACUAUAAGAAGCUCUAUUUCGAAACCUACAUUCUUUUGAAUGUAGCUUAAGCUAAUUGAAAAAGGAGUAUGUUAAAGCAUGUCUUUUAACUAUGUAAUAAAGCACAGAUCACUUAUAAAAAGGCAUAUUUAUUACAUUUUACAUGUAAGACACUUUUCAGGGCACUUAAAAUAGUAACGGCUUUUGUAUACACAGGUCACUAAGACAUCCAAAAGAAAAGAAGCAUGCUUCAUGAGAGCUCCUCGCACUGGUACACAUCACUAUAGAUUCUUUAUAAGUGUGCUUAGAACUUUUCCACAGGGACUCUAAGUGUCAGGAUAUGCUAUGAAGAGUAGCAAUGCUUACUGUGGCUUAAUAAGAACUGUUAGGUUCCUGAAUAUUUCAAGAUAAAGCCAUUGCUUAUAAAGGAAGAGAGCAGCUUUUCCCACACAUUGGUUCACCUCCUCCAGCUUACUGUAUCCUUGGUCCUGGGUGACACUUUUCUCUGCCUAGCCUCUCAAAUUCUAUUCUGAUUGUUUAUAGCCUUGUCUGCCUUGCUCCAAACCACCUUUCUCUAAACAUGCUCAAAAAUUUAGAAGGCAAAGUGCAGUAUAAUUAUUAACUCAUAAUAUUAUGUUAUUAUGGUCUAGUCAGACAAUAAACCUGAAAAUAUCUAAAUCAAGCAACCUUGCCAAUGGCAAAACCCUACUUUAACUACUGUAACUGGCUAUAAGUCUUAUCGUUCUGUUUUGUAGUUGUUUAGCUGGCUUUUCUUUCUAUGGGUAAUAAUUUGUGUUUUAUCAAAUUCUGAGCCUCAGUAAGCUUGCUGGCUACUUUUCUAUCAUUUGUUUGUGUUUAUUUUUAAAAGUAAACAUUUUGACUCUCUUUCUGGUACUUUUUCCUACCCAUUUUUCUUCACAGAUUUGAGGAAAUCAGGUUCUAUCACUGUAAACUAUAAUUAUUCCUAUUGAAAUAAAACUAUCAGUUAUAAUGUAACUAUUUUUAUUUAAAUGGGAUACACUUGUCAAAGUAAUGACUAAAGAAUAAAAAAAGUCAUGCACAUGACAUGUCAAAGGAAGACUAAAACUAAAAUCCUUGCUAUGAAAAUGUCAAAUCUUAAACUUACAUUGUUAAUAGCCAAUAUCCUCUUAUUCCCCUACUUUCUUUCUUUUUUGUUUUUUCUUCUUUUACUAUUUUUUCUCUUUUUUUAAACUCCAGAGUUUAUUCCCCUCCGGGUCCACCCUCCAACUGUUCCACGUCCCAUGCCUCCUCCCCGCCCUCCUGUGCCCCCUCCCUGCCCCUGCUUACAUAUCAGCACAAAAGCCUGUAUCUAUCACUAGUGAGCAGAAAGGAGAAUCUAUUUCUAGGGAGACUUAGAGUCAGAAUAGAUUUGCAAAAUCAUGCAUGCCAAAUGUCCUGGAAUCUUGUUGUUUGUAAGUGUCUCCUAGUUCAAAUGUCCUUUGUCCAGUUCCCCUUGUAGGACUAAGGAGGAGGCAGACCAGGAGCCCCUCAACAAGUCUGUAAGAACUCCUGCAGAACAUACCUGAGCCCUCUGAGUCUCUUUGGGCUUGAGAACGGAAUCUCCCUGUUCCUUAUGUGAUAAUCCCCCACCCCACCCCCGGUCCUUCCUUAAGAUGUUCUGGCUAAUGUACACAAGGAGGUGUGGAUCCAGCAAGUGGUUUCUUCUUUGUUUUAUUAUUGUUUGCUUGCUUGCUUGGGUAUUUUUUUUAAUCAACAAGAUAUUUUGCAGUGUGAUGAAAAUCGUUCUUUUUAAGAGAGACAGUGGGAAGUGGUUAUCUACAAGAUUAAAUGAAAAAAAUGUUAAAUAAUGUUAAAUUUGCAUUUUUUUUUAUUCUGCUCUGUCAAGAAAGAUCAUAAACCUGGAAAUGUCUGAAGCAAGCAACCUUGCCUGUCGGCAAAAACCUACUUUCCUUACACUGUAAAUGGCUAUAAGUUUUAUUGUUUUGUUUUGUAGUUGUUUUGGGUUCCUUUUCUUUCUAUAGGUAAUAAUUUAUAUUUUAUCUAAAUUUAAGCCUCAAUAAGGUCUCUGGAUAUUUUUUUUUUACAAUCUGUUUGUGUUUAUUUUUUUUAAUUAAACACUUCGAUUUGCUUUCUGGUACUUUUUCCUCCCAUUUUUAUUCACAGAAAUUUGAAGAUAUCAGUAUGUACAAUUGUAAAAUUUAAUUUUAUCAAAUUUAUAAUCUAUUAUUCUUUACAUUAUAUUGCUCUAAGUGAGUACUUUUAUUAAUUUAUCUUCCUGAAUAUUUAUUUUGUUGGAGUAAGGAGCUAGCUAUCUGUGAAUCUUUUGUUAAUAUUACUUUGUAAAUUGUGUAAUGUAAUUUAUUUUAAAUUAUGCAUACUUCUUUUUUAAUGCACAAAAUAUCUAUGUACGAGGGACUGCAGAUUGGCAAAUACUGUCACUAAGCUUAUGCAGCUAAUGUGGAUGGCGUGUGGAGAUGUAAUGUGCUUUUCUACAUUUUCAUAUGGGUUAUUUGUAAAUAUCUAUAUUGCUGACAGACAUAAAUCCAGAAGUCAUUUUCAUUCUAA